AUGGAUGAUCAACAAGAUAUUCAAUCUGAAAUAUCAAUUACAUCUGUUUCAAAUUGUGACAAUAGCAAUCAACUUUUACUGUAUAAUACAAACAAAUCCAAUCAACUAUUGUUAGAAGAGAUGAUCGAAGGUGGUGCACCUCUUUCUCUCGUAGAAGCACAAAAAUUUAAGGAGUUUAUUUACUCUAUAAAUAAUUUAUAUCAUAUUUCAUCAAGAAAACAACUUUCUACUAAUAUUCUUGAUGAAGUUCAUAUGAAAGUUCAAACAUCUAUCAAUCAAUUUAUAUGUAAAUCUACAUGGAUUACUAUUGCAACUGAUAGUUGGACGAAUAUCUGUCAAGACCAUCUUGUUAAUUUUAUGGCUAUUG